ACACAGGUAGCAUUUCUUUAGAUGAUUCAGAGUCUUGACAUGAGGAAGAAGCAGUUCGGAAUAACUGGAAGACCCAGUCUCUUUUUUUUUUUUUGUCUGGCACACAGGAAGCAAGGUGCAGCAUUGACAUCUUUCUUUCCAGAGUGGGCGUGGCUUUGUGGUUCAGGACUUUAACACUGAUUUGUGAUUGGCUGCUUCCCGAGUGGUCACGCUGUGGUCAACCAGUAACCUCAAGCGGUAACUCACUCUGGCUCCGCCCCCUGAAACCCUGCAACAAGUGCAAUAAUGAUGCUCAAUCCUCCGAGAAAGAUCGCUCGUGGAUGCGCGCUGAACGUCUUCUGGGUUAAUGUGGGGAAAAGUAGCAUGAUUCACUGUUUAUCUCGCGCUCCCCUGACUUAUAACGAGUUCUGCCGGUUCGCAGAGGUGAAAUGAGAAACCCGCUGCCGUUGCGCAACUCAAAAGUUUAUCAUUGAGCUAGCUUAAGUUUGCUAGCGCGGUGAGUCUGAGAAGUCAGCCAGCCAUUUGUUGUCGGGAUGUUAGGGGGGGACUAGAGAGUCGAGGCUCCGCUCCUUUUUUUUCUUUUUUCUUUUGGUGCCCGACAUGUUUUCCGAGGGGACAAAAAACGAGGCAGCGAGCCCCCCUGGAAGACGGAGAGCCCUCCAUGAUGGAUAAAAGACCCACACGGCUUCUUUUGAUGUCAGGAGGAAAACAUCUGUCACCAUGAGCAGGGCAGAUCAAACGGAAAGGGUCUUGUCUGACCCUCACCCUGGUCUCCAGAGCUCAAAAGCUGAUCCGCUGAUCCGGAACAGACCACUUAGUGACAUAUAUCCAUUUCAGAACCACGCUGAGAGGGGUUCAGUCCCAUAUCUGCUGCCUGGGUGUGGUGCCCCUGUCCAACCUAUUCCUCACUCAGAUGAGAGCCGACUGAAUGGCGUCAAGUCUUCUGCCUGGUCCAGUUCUGUUUCAGGUCAACAUGAAAGAAAACCUUACUCUUCAAAAAUUAUGAGGCUGUUUUCUAAUUCAAGGAAAGGUCCUGUCCCUCUGCACACUCCUGCUCCUGACAGUCCGUCUGCGGCCCACGGCAGCAGCAGCUCUCAGCCGUGGACCGGACUGUCAGGGUUUGGGGUUGUAGACUCGUUUAAAAAGCUGCGAUCAUCUGUGCUACAAGGAAUUCAGACUAAAGAGGCAGCGAUCUAUAAUGGAGACCACGUCACGUCAACUGACCACAUGACCAAUGGCUCAGAUUUUAGCCAUCCUGACCACGCUGCAAAUUAUUUAAACACUUCAGAAGGAUGCAGUGCGUCUACGGCGGAUGUUCCAAGCCAGAUGUUGGCUGCCGUUCACCAGUACGGCUCAGGCGCGGAGGAUUGUGAUGAGGAAGAGUACGAAUUCGAUGAAUUCUCACGGAACCCGCGAUUCUCAAGGAGUAUCAGAAGAGCGUAUGGAGCGGGACGCAUCUCUAUAUCUGACAAAGUAAAUGUGAGACAAGCAGGAGGGUGUCACCGUGAAGCUGGGGUUACCCCACGGGAACAAAAUCAGACGCCCAAAGCCAAUGCAAGAACAGAGAAUCUGGACGAAAACACAAACGUGAAGGUUUUGAGUAGACUCAGUAAAAGCACAGAGAACAUUAAUUUAUUUAAAGCUCCUUUUAGGCGCAAAGCCCCAUCAUCAGGUCCUGAAGACCCACAGAGAAAUGGUUUGUCCAACGGGACACCAAACAUCCAAAGGACUUCUAGUGCCUCUUCAGUAGAUCUGCGAUCCAGUAUGAGGAACCACAGGAGCGGCCUCUGGAAGACUAAAGGAUCGAUGCUAAAGCUAGUUGGCAGCAUGACUGACCUAACUGCUCGGCGUAAGGGAAGCUCCUCCCCUGGACCUCCAUCUCCCCCUCCCUUGUCACCAUUGAGCCGUCUCCAUGACGACUAUUCUCGCCGUGUACCCUGCCUUAAAACUAAUGAGAGACAGCGCAGGCCUGUGCCUGUCAACGUCCAGAUCGCUUCUGUUGAACAUACUCCUCUGGUUCAUCCCCAACCCGAUAACGACGGAGGAUCUGAGGAGGAUCGCAAUAUUGACCGUGUUUUCUUGGAGCCCUCAGAGACAACGGAGCAGAUCUCAGCUGAUGUGUCUGCUCAACAUGAACGUCUAGCUUUUGGGUCAAUGAGCACUUCUAAAGAAAAGCUCCAGUGCUGUUCUUCGCCACAAAACCAAAGAAAGCCUUCACAACAGCAAGACCAGAACAACAGCAACUUGUUACCAAACCAGUGCAUAUGCCGCGGUCCAGACCCAGACUCAGACAAGCAAGAGGUAGCAUCACAUCUAGAAGGGCGAGAAGCACUUCUUAAGGAGGAGGUGUCUCCAGCAGCAAGCGGCACCGCUCCCGUGUCCCCAACGAGCCUCUCGGAGUCACCGGUGUCGCCCACAUCUUCCGAAGAUGCAGCCUCGCCCUCUGCAGAAACACCUUCCGUCAAACCCCGGAGGAGAAGUGUGCGCCCCAGACCGCGACCCCUAUCCGACUACGCGCAGCUGGUUUCCAGGAAGCAUCCCAUCCCCGAGGAAACGGCGGAGCUAAACCAUGAAGAAAGGACAGCAGAAACUCUGUCACAGAAAGGUUCCAGUGAUUUUGAGAAUGAAAGCAGCCCUAAAAGUUUCAGAAUGAGCGGGGGCGCUCAGAUUCAGCGCCGCAUGUCGGUGGCCGGAGCCGUUGACCUGUUUCCUGCAGACGCACAACUGAAGGAGGAACGCCUCCCCCCUCCUUUGUCGCGCCCACCGAUCCCCUCCCACCAGGUGCCCCCCUACAAAGGAGUGUCUGCCAGGUUCCGUCCCUCUGUUCUCUCCCAGAGCACCCCCAUUGGACUGGACCGCGUGGGGAGGCGCAAGCUCCACAGAGUGCUCAGCGAUGGCAUCUCCGAGUGCUCUGCCACCCUCGAUGACAGCGUGAGUGAGGAGGAGGAGGGCAGCUUCGACGAACUCACUGAUGUCACACCUUACCUCGAGUCGGGGGUGGAGCUGUCUGCGCUCAACGAGUGGAUAAACUGUGGCCACGCCGUGUAUGCGGAGGCUCUCUGGGACCAUGUGACAAUGGAGGAGCAGGAGCUCGCCUUCAAGGCUGGAGACGUUAUCCGGGUCCUGGACGCCUCGCAUAAGGAUUGGUGGUGGGGCAGAGGAGCUGACAGGGAAGCCUGGUUUCCCUCCAGCUUUGUGAGAGUGCGUGUGAACCAGGAGGACUCGGGUGCUGAAAGUGUUGAGAGUGUGGCCGACCAGCAAGAUCCACCGCACAGGGACGCACCCAACAACCAGCACAGGAAGCAGAUGAGAUCCAACGUCGUCCAGGAAAUCAUGAACACUGAACGCAUCUACAUCAAACACCUCAAAGACAUCUGUGAGGGGUACAUCCGUCAGUGCCGGAAACACCCCGACAUGUUCACCGAGCAGCAGCUGAAGAUCAUCUUCAGCAACAUUGAAGACAUUUACCGCUUUCAGAGGCAGUUCCUUCGAGAUCUGGAAAAAAAGUACAACAAAGAGCAACCGCAUCUCAGUGAAAUCGGCUCCUGCUUUCUCCUGCAGGGGGAAGGCUUUUCCAUCUACUCAGAGUACUGUAACACUCACCCGGUCGCCUGUGCGGAGCUGCAGCGCCUCAUGAAGAUGGGGAAAUAUAAGCAUUUCUUUGAGGCCUGUCGCCUCCUCCAACAGAUGAUUGACAUUUCUAUCGCCGGCUUCCUGCUCACGCCAGUCCAGAAGAUCUGUAAAUACCCGCUGCAGCUGGGAGAACUGCUCAAAUAUACACCCAAAGACCACAGUGACCACAGUGGGGUCAGUGAAGCAUAUGAAGCUAUGAAGAACGUGGCCAGUUUGAUCAAUGAGAGGAAGAGGCGGCUGGAGAGCAUCGACACCAUCGCUCAUUGGCAGGUUUCCAUUUUGCACUGGGAGGGGCCGGACGUUCUGGAGCGCAGCUCCGAGCUGAUCCACUCCGGAGAGCUGACUCGAGCGGUCCGGCAGAGCAAGCUGCAGCAGCGGAGUUUCUUCCUGUUCGAUCACCAGCUGAUCUUCUGCAAAAAGGACGUCCUGCGCAGAGAUCUGCUCCACUACCGCGGACGGCUGGAUAUGGACCAGACCGAGGUCUUGGACGUGCCUGAUGGGCGGGACCCAAACCUGGGCCUGAACCUGAGGAACGCCUUUCGCCUGCGCAACACCUCCACUUUAGAGUUAAUGUGUGUGCUGUGCUGCCGAAAAGCCCAGGACAAGCAGAGGUGGCUGCAGGCCUUUUCUAAAGAGAGGCAGAGAGUCAAGGAUGACCAAGAGAUGGGAAUAGAUAUCAGUGAAGAGCAAAGAAAACAGGCCAUCAUUAAUGCCAGAAGACCAAAACAUGGAAAGAUUAAGAACAUUGGUUACUCUGGUUCUGCUGCACUGCUCCAUCAGAACCUCCCUCCGCUUCAGCAGCGCCACAUCACCAUUCCAACCAGCGUGCCUGAGCAGCAGGUCUUCACUCUGGCUGAACCGCCCAAACAAAAGCCCCACCACCUGCUGUACACCUUCACCCGGAAUGCCUUCUUCAGGAAAUGACAUGUCGCUUCAUUUAUUCAUCCUCUCUGCAUGUUCAGAGCUCGCAUUAAACACCUUUUUUGUGUGAAUGAA